CGACAGCGUAUGUUGUUAAUUUUACGAAGAAAGCUGAAACGCAGCAUGUUGAUGUUACAGUUUCAUCAGAAAGAAUCUCCGUAAAGUGCUUUAUGUAUUAUUUCCAAAUUCUAUUUAUAUUCAUUGUCAACUUUUAUAUGUCUAGUACUUCUGUAUAUAUUCUUAAAUCGGUAUUUUUUUGCUUAUUAUAAGUUUAAAAUGGAUGAAUUAAUGGAAGAAAUCCCAAAGAAUGUUGACGUGGCUGACUUUGCCGAGAAAAGCGUUGUAGAUGAAGUUAAAGAGGAGCAAGAAGAAGAAGAAGAAGAGGAUGAGGAGGCAUUGCCUCAUUCUGAAUUUCUUGAUAUCUUCGAGGAAGGUUUGGCUCUGAUAGUGCAGGACCCUUUACUGUGUGACCUGCCAAUUCAGGUCACAUUGGAGGAGGUGAACUCUCAGGUGGCUCUGGAAUACGGUCAGGCCAUGACUGUUCGUGUGUGUAAGGCUGAUGAAGAAGUCAUGCCUAUCGUGGUUGUGCAGUCUGCUACGGUUCUGGAUCUCAAGAAAGCCAUUCGCAGAUAUAUGGAGCUGAAACAACAGCGAGAGGGAGGUGUCAAGCACAUCAGCUGGAAAUACGUCUGGAGGACAUUUCAUUUGGUCUUCAACGGAGAGAAAUUAGAAGAUGACGAGAGAAAGCUGAAGGACUACGGGAUCAGGAACAGAGAUGAAGUGACAUUUUUGAAGAAACUAAAGAAAAAAUGAACACGGACAAUCCCCAGUUAUUAUUUAUCACUCUAAUUUGUACAUAGUCGAGACAUUUAAAGGAAUAGUUCAUCCAAAAAGGAAAACUCAUCCUCAUGGCAUUCAAAACACUUUAUGUUGUUAUUUUCUGUGGAACAAAAAGCCUUUUUUUUUUUUGCCCCAAAAUGCUUUUUAACCUCUUUUCCACACAACAACAUUUAAGUGACUACACUGCUGUCUAACUUUAAACAAAAUCAACCAAAGGAAAGAUUUUUACUUGAAUAACAACCUAAAUUUCAUAAGAUUUCAGGAGUUUUGAAAUAGUGUACAAGUUUUAUGUUUUAUAGUUUUUUGUCCUUUUUGGAACAUGGCAGCUGUGGUCACCAUGAACUCUGGACAAUGUCCUUAAAAAAAAUCACCUUUUUUAUUUCACUGAACAAACACAGGCAGCAACUACAAAACAAAAACAGAAACCUGAUAUGUCAUGCAAAUACAAAUGUUAGGCAAGGAUGCAAAUGUUGGCUAGGCCUAGUUGAUGAACUUGAUGUUAUUAAUAUACAUAUAUUAAUAUACAUCCACAAAACUCACUGUAACUACACAUCUUAUAAGGGUCUUUAAAGUCAUAUUUUUGGGAUUUUAUGUUGCUUUUACAUUGAUCAAAAUACUAAAAUCGGAACAUGAUUAAAAUACACGUUGUUUUUAAGAGUGCAGUUUUAUUCCCCUUGUUGUAAAUGUAAUAUAGUCUCACCAGAACCUUCUAUAAAACUAAAUAUAAACUAAAUAGACAGUUACAGGUUAAGACCCUUGUCGUGACAUGCCACGAAUUUAGUAAAAUACAGGUAAACCACACACUUUAAAUAUUGUGAACAUGUUCCUCAUACUGUUACACUACAGUAAUAUGAUGACCAGCCUCCUAUUUCCUUUAUACUGCAAUGAAUGUGAAGAGCGGCUGAUGAGACGCAACAGCACACAUGGGUAACUAUUUGUCAUUUUUAACCACUUUUACUUAAAUAAGAUAUUUUCUGUUUAUUCUCAUUGUAGUUGUGCUUGGGUUAAGCUGUAUUUUUCAUAUCAGGAAAAAACUUUCUUUGAAACAGCAUUCGUGACGCUCUAUUGCAUCUCUUUAGGAAAGGACACUGUAUGAAGGUUUGAGGCUCUCUGAGGUCUAAGUGACCUGUCGUCUCAACCCUCAACAUGCCUAAACAAUCUGAUGAGCAUUUGGCGAAUGUUUUUGAGGAGUUGAACAAGCUAUCCUUUCGCAGACAGCAGCUCACGGACAGACGCAACGUCCUGCACAUGCUCAUCCAAUUCAAGCGAAAUAACGGGCAAAAUGAGCACGAGUAUUCCAAAGAAACUGGAGAACUUCAACAAAUUGACGAGGAUCUUAAAGUUCUCUCUGAAAGGAAGAUUGAACUUGAGAAAAUGCAAGAGGGGGGCGGCUCUCUUUUAAUAGACACGACUAGGACUGGCGUCAUAUUUGUAGACAGUCCACCUCCAUUUCCAGCGCCGCAGGUUAUUCUGGACGUUAAGCAACUUCCUCGAUACUCCUCUAAGACACAGUGUCCGUUCUGUCGCCAAUAUAUAACCACAGAGGUCACGACCAAAGCUGGCAGUGUGACCUAUCUUCUGUGUUUGAUAUCCAUGGUUUUUUGUUGUGUUGCGGGCUGCUGUCUAAUCCCAUUCUUCGUGGAUUCCUGCAAAGACGUCACUCACAAAUGUCCAAAAUGCCGCAGUGAUAUAAACACGUGCAAAAAGUUCUGAGGAAUGGAACUGUAAUGUCAAUUGGACCGAAUCACCAGCAAAUGUACUGGAGAGUCUUAUUUUUGAUUAUCACACACAACUAAGGCGGUUGGAGAUGUCAUACUGAACUUUUUACAGGGACAAUCCCCAUGGAACUACCUUUCCUAAAGGAUGCAAUUGCGAUAUCAGAUAUUGUUUCCUAUCAGCAGGGACCAAGCCAAGCUUUUGGCAAACCUUAAAACGCUCCUGAAUCUUCAGGGUGACUUUUCAGUCUUCUGGUUUGAACUUCAAUGCCAAGUUUUUAUUUGGGGUUAUUACACUAUCAGGAAUAUAAAAAAAUGGAAUCAAGAAGCCUGAUUCCUGAUUGCUUUUGGAUGUAAUGGGCUAGGAGUUCUUCGGCUGAUAAAAAACGAUCUUGUUUUGUAGAGCAUAAGUUAUGAUCUUUCCCUUUGAGAAAAACAUUAUCUCUGGUACAAUGUGAAAUGUUAAGUUUAUUUAUUGUGUAGCUUUCUUUUGGAUCAUAACUGAGGUUAUGCAUUGCUGGAAACAUGUUUUGCCCUCCAAAACACAGAACAAGUAAUUUCAGUGGUUUCAAAUACAGAAACAUUUUAAUGAUAAAAGGCUGUAUAUACAAUAAAGAUAUGUACAAAGAUAACCUCAAAAAAAUAUUUACAGUUGCACAAAUACAUUUGUAUAAAAAUGUAUACUGUAAAAAUAUAUACACUGUGCAAAAUAUGAGGCAUAGGAUCUAUAUCGCAUUUCAAAGGGUCAGUAUGUUUUCAAAUAUUUCUCUUCUUUACCUCUUCAUAACAAAUAGCAAUUACUCUGA